AUGUUACUAGCUGCUGGUCUGGAAGCUUGUCUACUCCUUACAGCAGAAAUUUUGGUUCGCAGUGCAGUAGAAAUGUGGCUUUUUUUUAUGUUUGAAGCUAUGCUGGCUGCAGACAAUCGACUGCAUAAUCGCACUUGUUAUAUCAACCUUAUUAUGCUUAACAACGCGCAUUUGGAAAUCAAUAGUACUCUCAAUAAUGAGCUAUUUUCCACCGAGAUGGGUCGUUACCACCCUCAAUUCCAUUUACGUCCAAACGCUCCAAAUGAGUUACUCCACGGAGUAUUGGAUCCUCGCUAG